AUGUUGCAAACUUAUCAGGCCAACGCUUUGGUUUAUACCACUUUGGUCGCUUUCGGUGGUGUCGGUUUCUUUGCAGGAUGGAAAGUGAAAAAUCGUGUAGAUUUCCUUAGUGGAUUGAGAACACAAUCUGCAUUUCCAUUGGCAUUGAAUUGGAUCGCAUCAAAUAUGUCUUCCAGUCUGCUCUUCUCUUAUCCUCAAAUCGGUGUGAUUCCCGAUGCAGGAUUAUUGGGUUUGUUCGCAUACACGUUCGCAACCGUGAUUCCAAUCUUUGUGUUUGCAUACUUGGGUAUGUAUAUGCGCAGAAAUUAUCCAGACGGUUUCACGUUUGCCGAAUUCGUUCGUCGUAGAUUUGGCUGGCCGGUAGGAUGUCUUUUGGCUUUAAUCUUUGUGGCAUUCAUGUUGUGCUUCAUGAUUACGGAAUUGAACACGUAUGGUUCAGUGGUUGCAUUGCUUGGUGGUGUGGACGCAACAGUUGCUGCUGUUGUGAUCGCACUCGUCACGUUCUUGUAUACCUCUUAUGGUGGUUUCCGUGCAUCUUUGUACACCGAUAACGUCAAUGCUGUUGUGAUUAUGAUUUUCAUCAUCAUUGCUGCCGCCGCGAUUGGUGAAAAAGUUCAUGUCACGCAAGAACGAAUCGAUCAAUCAGGAUUAUUGAAACCACAAAAGUUAGGUGGUCAAUUAUGGUAUAUCUUACCUGUUGCCAUCAUCUUUUCACAAAUGUUCAAUCAAGGAUUUUGGCAACGUUCGUUUGCCGCAAAAAGCAUUCGAUCUUUAUGGGGUUCUGUCUUUAUUGCAGCUAUUCCACUUUUUGGAAUCGUAUUCUUUGUUGGCCUUUGCGGUCCGAUCGCUCAAUGGGCAGGAUUGUUCAACGGAAUCACGCCUACAGAUGAUGGAAGUGAAACAUUCUUUUACAUCUUGGCCACUAUGCCAAAUUGGGUUACCGGUAUCGUGAUCGUUUUGGCCGGACUGCUCUCAAGUUCCGCUUAUGAUACAUUCCAAUCUGCUCAAAUUACAACAAUCUACAAUGAUGUCUUCUUGGGAAGAGUCAACAUUUGGUUCUGUCGUCUUGCCCUUUUAGCAAUCAAUGUGCCAGCGGUCGUUUUGGCAGUGAAGAAUAUCGAUAUCUUACAAGUAUUCUUGGUUGCUGAUUUGGGAGCUGCUGCCGUUUUGCCUGCACCUUUGUUAGGCUUGGUACCUCAAUUGCACUUCCUCAACGGAUUUGAUGUUUUCGUAGGUGCUUGUGGUGGAUACCUUACAACGUUUAUCUUUGGAUUGAUCUAUUAUCAUGGUGACGCUCAUGCAGCUGGAAAUUUGUUAGGUCUUUCAAACGGAUUGUACAUUGGAGGAGACGACUACAGCGUUUUAGGAGCAUUCUUUGCUGCACCUCUUGGAUCGAUCGGUUGGACGUUGGCAUCAGGUGGUGCUCGUAUUGGAGGAAGAUUUGUUUUGUGCAAGAUUCGUGGAGAAGAAUUCGUAUUUGAAAGACGUGAAUUUGAUGCUUCUCAAUUCGUUUUACCUGAAGAUCGUCCUGCUGGAUUUGCAGGUUUCCACGGAUCUGGAAAUCCGGAAGAUGAAAAAGGAAUUAAAGUUUCUUGUGGGAAAAACAGCACCGCGUCUGCAUUAAAAUGA